GCUCUCUACCUCCGGAUCCCCAGAGGUCCGCGCACAACCGCCAACCCUUGCUGGGUGCUACGCUUACGUGCUAGAGAGAAGGGCGCAUGCGCCUGGAAGAUUGCCUGCGCCGUGGGACGUUUUCUGUACCGUUUAGGUUCUGUGGACUAGAGGAGGAGGAAAAAAAACAGGAUGAGUUGAAGUACUGUAACUUUCACAGAUAAAACAAGCACAGCAAAGAGGGCGAAGACACAUUCCUGGAAGAAACUUAACCUAAUUUUAAGAUUAGCCUAAAAAUACUGACGGUCUCUUUAUUAGGCCAAAUCCCUAAUUUAGAAUGUAAGGUGUCAUCUCAUUGACUUCUGGGAAAUGUAGUUUUUGAGGCUGCUGGCGCGUUCUGUUUGCGACGGAAACUACAGACACCAGAAGCUCCUGCAACGGCCUGCUACGCUACGGUUAGCCCUCCCCGAGAUUGAGAGCGUCGGCUUGAUGCUGUGAAUGAUGAAAUUUGAAGUUUGAAAAUGGUUCUAAACUUUGCAUCAAGAUUUUACUAGAUAAAUCCGAUAUGUAAAUAUCUAAUUCAACAUCUACAUCAAUAAUGGAUUCCGAACUAAUGCACAGUAUAGUAGGAAGCUAUCUUAAACCUCCAGAAAGAACAUUUGUUCCACCAUUCACCCAGAACGAUGAAUUAUCUCAGAAUCACCACUCUGGGAACUUCGAAGCUACCUCUUCUAAAAUGCUUCGUAGUCCAAAUAGCCAAGCUCUUAUUUUAGCCCUAAAAACUCUUCAGGAAAAGAUUCGUCGUUUAGAGUUAGAGAGAACACAAGCUGAAGAUAAUCUCAACAUUCUUUCCAGAGAAGCAGCAGAGUAUAAAAAGGCCUUGGAAAAUGAGACUAAUGAGAGAAAUCUGGUACACCAGGAACUGAUAAAGCAGAAAAAAGAUAUAAGUAUACAGUUAAGCUCAGCUCAGUCUCGCUGUAUUCUCUUAGAGAAGCAACUAGAAUAUACAAAGAGAAUGGUUCUCAAUGUAGAGCGAGAGAAGAAUAUGAUCCUAGAACAACAGGCCCAGCUUCAAAGGGAAAAAGAACAAGAUCAGAUGAAGCUUCAAGCAAAACUUGAAAAGCUUGAUGUCUUAGAAAAAGAAUGUUUUAAACUUACAACAACUCAGAAAACUGCUGAGGACAAGAUUAAACAUUUAGAGGAAAAACUUAAGGAAGAAGAACAUCAGCGUAAGCUAUUUCAAGACAAAGCUUCUGAGCUUCAAACUGGACUUGAAGUCAAUAGAAUUUUAAUGUCUUCAGUAUCAAAUUCAAAACGAUCUAAGGAAAAGAAAUCUUCAAAGAAAACUAAAUGUUUAAAGAGAGAACCACCUCAGCAAAUUUAUUCAAAGUUUGGAUCACUGCCUAUUGUGGCUGAGAAGUCUGCCACUGCCCGCCAUUCUGUAAAUGCAAGUAUGCAAAACCUCCUGCACAUGAUGCAACAUUAUGGACCACAUAGUCUUCAGAAACCUGCUGAAGUUUCUGAGCCUAGAUGUCGCUACAAGCCUACAAAGACAGCUUCCCAGUGUAAAGUGGUACCUCUUGACUCAGAAAAACCUGCUUCCAUCUGUGACAAUUUGUCUGAACUUUUGAUGGCAAUGCAAGAUGAACUGGACCAAAUGAGUAUAGAGCACCAAGAACUACUGAGUCAAAUGAAGGAUACUGAAAGCCAUUCAGUCUGUGAAGACAUAGAAUGUGAACUGGAGCAUUUAAUUAAAAAAAUGGAAAUUAAAGGAGAACAGAUUUCCAAACUGAUGAAGCAUCAAGACAAUGUUCGUAAACUUCAGCAAAAAUUUCAAAACUCAAAGAUGAAUGAAUCUUCAGGUAUUCAACGAGAAGAUAGAAACCCUAAAGGAUCAAAGAACAUAAAAAAUAGCCCCAGAAAAUGUUUGCUAAAUAACUCUCUUCAGAAGAACAGCAACUUUCAUCCAAUACAAGUCCAUAAUCUUCAAACAAAAUUGAGGAGAGAUGAUAUCAUGUGGGAACAGUAACACUAGCAAAACUAUCACCUUAAGCGAACUCUGUCAGUGAGAUCCUAAAUUGUCUGAAGUGGUUGUAAUUUAAUAUACCUUUAUGAAAUUUUGAAUUAUGUUUCUAGCCUCUAUAAAGUGUCAAGUUGUAGUAUUUUUUAAAUUAAUGCCCAGUGACCUCCUAAGAAUCCCAAAUAAUAAAUGAUUGGUUUUUUUAUUGACUGAAAUACUAAUAUUUUAGAACAGUGUUCACUUCUCAGAUAUCUCAAGCUAAAUCUAAGAAAUUAUACUAAAUUGAUGAUACUUAAAUUGAGUUAAAUUUGAAAUACCAUGUCAAGUACCACUCCUCUUUCUCUUUGGGUGGGCCUGUAAGCCUGUAACCCUAAGAAGCAAUAUAAAAUGAACAGAGUAUGGAAAGGUCUUUUAACUCUGCUAGUGCCUCCUCUCUAUUUUGUUUUAGAGCUGUGAAAUGUUUUUCUUUUUUGGAGGGGGGUGGAAUUAAAAAGCUUUGUGAAGAAGCCUUUAGUCCAAGUUUCUAUGACAAUUACAAAUAAGAACCCAUAGUUAUUUCAUUUCUAGAUGACAACUCAGCUGCAGAAGCUUUCCUCUACUAGUCUCAUUCUCUUUUACAAAUCUAGUUUUAUAACUACAACUUUUGAUGACUUUUAGUUUUGUAUUAUAUAUAAUAUUCAUCAAUAUGAAUCAAGAAUGUGAAUUUCUAGGACCCACAAAACUGGCAAAUUUUUAAUUUUUUAUAGGAAAGUAUAGGAAGGAAUUGGAUAUUUCAUUACUUCAUCUAGCAAAAAUUGGAGGAAAUAUGCUACAUUCUUAUUUUUUAUAUUUUUAAAUCAGUGCUAUAAAGAGAUUUCUGUGUAUGCUUUAUAAGAAAUUUACAUUUGUUGAUUUAUCUUUCCUGAAGCCUAUGGAAACUAGUAUGACUCUUCUGAACUUUCUUUGGUUUCUCACUGAAAUCCUUUAGGACAACAGGAGAAUCGAAGACAUUGAUUGAAAUAAACCUGAAGCCUGACAGAAAAGGCACACGGAAGGGAGGAGCUCAGAAAGCAGGCCGUCAGCAUAAGGAAUGGGGACUCCAAAGGGACAGAGUUGGAGGUACAUCUGUACUGAAUCCGUAGCUGGGGAAUGCUCAAGCUAUGGGUGCAGCAGAAUGUUUGGUCAGGAUCUCAGGGAUCUAGGAAAACUGGUUUCAGAAGACAGUCUUUAUAUCCUCCUGGGAAAUUCCCAAAAGUGUGUGUGAGUGAAGGGGACAGUUCUGGUCUUCCUGGGGAGAACUAGGACUCAUUCUCAGUGAGAGAAGAUGUGCAGUACUAUGUUAGAAGGCCUUUCCAUACCUGAAGUGGGGAGAUGACCGAAAAUGGGCAGACCGGUACUUGGAAUGGUCCUCACAAAUAGCUAAAGGUGGAGGUAAACGUUUCUCUCCCUCUGGUUUAAAUAGGCACAAGGGUCCCUUUCAUUCCCCCUCCAUCAGCUCCUUCAGCCCCAGAGAUGCUCCGCAGAGCACGGCAUCUAAACUCAGUUUUGUCACCUUACUUAUUUUUCUGUUUUCCCUUUCAUCCUCAAUGAUGUAAUUUCUGUAAUUUAGACUUAGCCAAAAUAAAACAAAAAACCCACCACCAACAACCAAACAGGCCCUCGCUGGGACCAUAAUGCAGCCCUCUCUUUCUGUGCCUUUGUUUUCUGUGCACUCAGGAAGAUGGAUGAAUAUAUUUCAUUUACCAGCAAUCAUUAUGUGUGGAAAUUUGUUUCUAAAACAAAAUACCAUAAAAAAAAUUUAAGUCAUUUUAAGGAAUGCUUGAAUACUCAAAUUUAGAAUUUCCUUACAAAAUGAGUGUAGUGUGGUAGAAAAAACAGGAUUUCAGAAUUAGGUGACGUGGGUUCAAAUUGUGACUCCACCAUCUAGUAGCUCGGACACCAAAUACAUUUUCGGACCCUCAUUUCUCAUUUGUAAAGUGGGGAUUAUAUUUUGAAGAGUAGAUGAAGUAACAUGUUAAAGCACCCAGCAAAAGGGUCGGCACUGAGUACAAACUCAAUAAAUGGUAAAUCUGAGUGGAGGAAAAAGUGUCAAGAACCUAAGUGUAUAUGGCUUAAAGCCUGAAAGUAAGAGUCAAAAUGCGUUCUUCAUAAAAAUGGGAAUAUUCUAAUUUACUUGGGGUUUUUGGUGGGGGGGGUGGUAACAGGCGGCGUGGAAGGGGAAGUUUUGUUUUUGUGUUUUUUUCUUUUUCUGUGUGCCUGGGAGGACAUUGCUUUGGCUUGUACCCUAGCUUGGGUUUCUAGUAGGAACAGGUAAAUAAUACAGAAAUAAAGAAUCACACACGGCAA